AUGCGAAUCUUCAGCUCGUCCCACGAAUUUGCCUACUCAUGGGAAGAAGUUUCAACGAACAACUGGCGGAAAUACUGCCCCUGGAACGACAAAGCCGAGCACGUUUUGGCCGUGGACACAUUGUCGAGAAGAGUUGAUCCUACCACUGGUAUCCUCCGAACAGAGAGGUUAAUCACAUGCAAGCAGAACGCGCCCCAAUGGAUAAUAUCCAUCUUAGGCGGCGACACCACAAGUCAGGUCUACGAAGUAUCAUACGUUGAUCCCGUUGCCAAGAGGGUCACCAUGUGCAGCACAAACAUGACUUGGUCAAGUCUGUUACAAUGUCGAGAGACUGUCGUUUAUCAGCCGUCUCGUGUCGACACCAAUGGGAGGACAGAGUUCAUGCAGGAGGCCAAGAUAAUAGCUUUCUGUGGUGGCUGGCAGAAGAUCAGGAACAAGAUCGAGGAGGCCUGUGUCGAUCGUUUUAAAGAAAACGCCGCAAGAGGCAGAGAAGGUUUCGAAACAGUGCUAGAGAUGAGCCGGAAAGUCUUUGGCGAAGAGAGGGAAAGAUUACGCCUUGGUCAACCUGCGAUGGCAUGA